AUGAUGGUCACUAAUAUGCAACAACAACAGCAGAUAAUGACCACUAUGAUGGGAGCCAUGGCCCAGAACCUUGACAUACAACAACCGGGACCACCUGCCAUGGCCGCGCCCAUAAACAAUAUAAGCAAUCUCUUUGAGCAGUUCCAGCGGUAUAGGCCGCCUACGUUUGCCGGCACCCACCAUCCUGAGGAAGUGGAGUAUUGGCUCAACCGAGUCACCAAGCUACUUCGGCCUCUCCACUGUUCUGACGCGGAGAGUGUCGAGCUCUUCUCAUACCUCUUUGAAAAAGAGGCCGACCUAUGGUGGGAGAGUGUCCUCUACUCCAUCCCCGAAGACCACGUGUGGACGUGGGAGGCGUUUGAGGCCCGCUUCAACGAAAAGUACCUCUCUCAGACGUACCAGCAUGAGAGAGAAAAUGAGUUCCUCUGCCUCCAACAAAGGGGAAUGACCGUAGGGCAAUAUGAGAACCGAUUCACCGAGUUGUCGUGCUACGCAUCCGAAAUGAUCGUCAACGAGGCGAUUGAGAUGAGGCAAUUUUCAAUAGGGUUGAGGAGCGGCAUCCGCUCAAAGAUGUGUUAUGCCAACAUCAGAACAUAUGUCAAGCUCGUUAAGAUGUCGAUACGGGUAGAGCAGGUUGAGGAGCGUGUCGCACGGACAUGUUCACAAUUAGGGCAACGAAACAGGAUGGAGGGACCGUCCUCUUCUUUUGCAGGAAAAAGGCUACGCCCUAACUCACCUCCCCAAUUAGCCGCCACACCGGCCCCUUCUGUACGACCGGCCCAGAUAUGUACUUACUGCAGGAGGGUGGGUCACUCUGAACCCUACUGUUUUACUAGAAUAAGGGAUCUUGGCUUCACGCCGCCACAGCGCAACAAUAGGACCCCACUGCAGGCCUUGCAGAUUCCGCCCCUACGGAAAAUGGGGCCUAGUCAGCAGUUUCGCCGUCCACCACCACCUCAAGUUAGAUCGCCACAACGGCCUAUGCAAUGA